CAACUAUGUGGCGAGAAUAUAAAUGACAAUUGGGUCCUGGGCACAGACGAAUUUCGCUCUCAGACAGUCGCAAGCAGUGGGAGGUUACAGCACGAUACUGCAAGGACCCAUGGCAUCCCAUUGCCGAAUGGGCUGCGUGGCCGUGACGCUGCUCUGGUCGACCGUUCUCGGGUUCCCGUCCCUACCUCUGGAUUCGCUGAGCCCUCUAUUCCGGUGCUUCCUGGCCUCGGAGAAAAUUUACAACUCCGUGGUGUUGCUGCUCGACAAACACUGCAAUGCUCAUAGGCGCUGUGUGGAGGAGCUGGAUGGUGACAUCCUGGAUGGACCCGUAUCUACGAGAAUAGAUUCCUGCGACCAGGACUCUUUACAAAUGGACCCAAAGUAUACAAAAUGCCUGCAGAACAUUCAGAGCAUACUAGAAAGGAAUGAAAAAGAACUCAAUCAACUGAAGCAAAUCGAAGCAACCUUGGCUGUAGAAAUCGACAAGAUUGUUCGUGAUAUAAAGGGCCUUCUAUCCCGAGUCAAAACACAGUUGAAGGUGCCGCAGGUGCGCAUUGCGAGGCCUGUGGAAGUGUUGCAGCCUGUAACAAGCAUUCGCGGCAAUAGCUGGAUGUCUACAAUGGCUACACUACGCGUGCUGAAGUUGUCCGUUAUCCAGGCAGAGGCAGUGGAUCGCAGCUUCGGCAUACUGGUCAAGUUUAACUCCAGACAGCGUUCACACAAAUCACUUGCAACAGAAACAAAAACGACGAGAGGCCAACCAACCACAGAAGCAAGCACGAUAUCGAAAAAGUUUAUCGAUCAUCGACCCCAUACUCACUCAGAUUCUGGGAAAGACUAAUGUGUGCGCGCUCAAGUGUGUAUUGGUUAUGUCCCAUGACAUCACUAAAGGGAUUUUGCGCAACAUGUCACCAUGCUCCAGCACCAAGCCUGGCACAUGCAAGGAUUAUGGUAACAUCACUACUUUUUUGUGGCAAAUAAGGUUAUCUUAUAAUGGUGUGUGCAUGUGCAAGGUGCUGCUAAUAGCGCUUAGAAUAAUAUUAUGUAUGGUUAAAUGGGAGAUGUUUGCCUUUGCAUAUGUGGGGUAUAAUAUACAUUACCCAGAUUUUAUACGAUAUUCGAAACAACUAGUUUUUCUGGCUGGCUGGCUGGAGGGAGGGCCAUGUCCACAGGACAUGCGGGCUGCUAGUAUGAAUAAAAUAACGUGUAAAUGUUACAUUCAGGUUCAUAAAAACAAUAAUAAAGCAAUACUUUGUCAUACUAUUUUAGAAAGAAGUUUUGCUGGCUGGCAGGACAUCAGCAUUUAAAAAAAUAAUAUCGUACGUAUACCAUUUAAAAGUACUCCUCCCCCAUCUCCAACGUCCCCACCACCCCAACUUCUCAAGUCCGAGGACCCCUCCCCAACCGCAUAUUCCCCCAGUCGCCCCCUCCCUCCACUUACGCCCCCCUCCUUGCGCCCCCCUCCACGCACCCCCAACCGCGCUUCCUCUUGGUGCCUCCCACCCCGCGCGACCCCAAAAGUGUGCCCUCUGGCCUCUGCGUGCUGGGUGGCGCGUGGCCAACCAGCAAAUCAGCUAAACUUUUGCGAAGACACAGUCGUAUGAUUUCAACCGAUAUCAGUUUAAUGUUUCAUGUGGCUUAGCUUUGACAUUUCUGCUAUGAUUAAUCUGGAGGAAAUUUUCCCGAGCCUAAUUUCGCUGCAGAGAAUGUAAUGUUUAUCUUUUGUUUACGUGGAUUUGUUUGCGAAUAUUUUCGAUUGCUUACGCGAGUGUUUUUAUAUUUUUUUAUCAUUGCUUUGCUUCAUUGUACUUUUGUAUUUGUCAAGUUGGUGAUCCAAAUUACUCUUUCUCAUGAGAAUAUCCUGGUAGAAAAUCACGUAAUUUAUUGGCUGUGUCGUAUUGCUUUGGAAUGUUCGGGCAACUUUAAAAAAACCCUUCCUUAUUUAACUCGACAACUGCGUAACAUGCACCAAGUACUAAAAUGUUAUGGUUAUGGACCACAAGGAAAUGGUUUUGGUAAGAUACAUACGUACAUGAGUCAUAUUCUGUACGAAAAGUUGCACUGAAUCCUCUUACUUGAAUGUCAAUUAGUCAAGUUAUUGAGAGGUUAAUUUAAAAUAAUUUCAGCUUAUUUAUGUUCGCGAGGAUAUAUUGAGGCGUAUAAAUAUUGCCUUUCGCACAGUACCUUUAGCCGUGUGUAAUUACUUCCACUACGCUGUAAAUUGUACUCAAGCUACAAAAACUACAGUGCUGUGUGUCCGAUAGGGCAUCAUGAUGCAAACUACAAAUGAAGUCAUCCCAUGGUACAAUAAUUCCUGUGCCUAUUUUUUUUAAUAAACAUGUUACUUUCUCCACUUAAAAUGAUGUUAUUUAUACAAUUGUGCUGGCAUUCAAUUUAACUUAUUACUUAAGUGUUACUGUUGUCGUACAAUGAAAUAUUUAAAUAGUAGUACUAAAAUAGUGUUUUAUUUAAAUAAAAGUUCCUAG